CUCAAGCCACACUUGCGUAAGCCACUAAGCCGGGUCCAAAUUCAUCAAACCCCUAGCAAAGCAAACCGCAUUACAAAAUGUUAUUUCGUUCUUCUUUUCUGCAUUUUUUCCGGCAACUAGUGAGGUUAAACAGUCGGCCAGAGACAACUAAUUAGCCACACACCCAAACACUCCCUAAGUUUUUGGGAUAGUUUUUCCUGACACAACUCUUCAAUCCGUCUUCAAACUCAUGAACAAAAAGGUACUCAACUGGAAUUUCAGUUUUUGCGUAUUUACAUCUUGAUCAACAGAGGAUUUUGUUUAUUGUAAGUUUUCUAAUGAUGAAAUUCAAAGCUGAAUGUUCUAUGAAACAGCUCAAUUAUAGGCUUAGAGGGCAUUUUUACUCACAUGUGAAGUGUAAUCGUAUUGUUACUUUGUUUUCACCAUUCUAUUCGACUGUUUCUCAUUCCAAUACCCUGCUAAAUUAUAGCUUAAAUAAUAAAAUACAUGAAUUUAGAGGAACAAAACAUUAUAAUGUGGGGAAUGAGAAAGUGGGUUCCAAGCAGAAUAGGAAUUUAAGGCCUCAUUUGGGAAUUUCGUUGGUUCAGAAUGAUGAUUGUGAUAAAUUUGGAAGUGGGUUUGAUGGGAUUCAGCUCAAGGGUGAUAUUAUGAGUGUGAUAGAAGAUACAGAUACACAUACAGAUGCUACAAAGAAUAGGCAGAAUGAUGUUUCUGAUGAUGAAGAAUUUGGGUUGUCGAAUUCAUAUAACAAGGACCGUCAGCAGAGUGGAGAGAAUGAUAAAAUAUAUGAAAUGGAUGAGAGUGAAUUUAGGCAUCCAUUGGUGAGAGAAACUUGUAGGCUGGUUGGGAUGAAAUCGAAAUGGAACCCUGAACUCGAAGGUCAAUUGAAGCAAUUAUUGAGGAGCCUGAAACCCCGUCAAGUAUGUGCAGUUCUUCACUCACAGAAUGAUGAAAGGGUAGCUUUGGAGUUGUUUUACUGGGCUGACAGGCAAUGGCGGUAUCGCCAUGACCCUGUUGUCUAUUACGCUAUGCUUAAAAUUCUUGGCAAGACUAAGUUGUGUCAGGGUGCUAGGAGAGUGCUCCAUCUUAUGUAUAGGCGGGGUAUUCAUCGUACUACGGAGGCUUUUCGUAAUUUGAUGAUUUCUUAUAGCAGGGCGGGAAAAGUAAGAGAUGCUAUUGGGGUUCUUAGAAUGAUGCAGAAGGCCGGGAUUCAACCUAAUCUGUCUAUAUGUAACACAGCCCUUCAUGUUUUAGUGAUGGGUAACAGGUUGGACAAAGCAUUGAGAUUCUUAAAGAGGAUGCAAAUUGUUGGAAUCACCCCUGAUGUUGUUACUUAUAACUGUUUGAUCAAGGGUUAUUGUGAUAUUAAUCAGGUGAAAGAUGCCAUGAAGCUGAUUGAGGAUAUGCCUCUUAGGGGAUGUGCCCCUGACAAAGUUAGCUUUUAUACUGUGAUUAAUUACCUCUGUAAGGAGAAAAACAUGGCUGAGAUUCAGUUGUUACUUGAGAAAAUGAUGGGCUAUAACUUGUUACUAGAUAUGGUCACCUAUAAUAAUCUCAUUCAUAUGCUUUGCAAGUGUGGACAUAGUGACGAGGCCUAUCUUUUUUUAAGAAAAGCACAGGAGCAAGGAUUUCGAAUGGAUAAAGUCAGUUACACUGCAUUGGUUCACUCUUUAUGCCGGGAAGGAAGAAUAGACAGAGCAAAAGAAAUUGUGAACGAGAUGUUUGAGAAGGAUUGCAUCCCAGAUGUAGUGACUUAUACGGCUAUUUUAGAUGGGUUUUGUAGGGUGGGAAGGGUGAUUGAAGCUAAGGACAUGCUUCAGCAAAUGUACAAGAACGGUUGUAGACCAAAUACUGUAUCAUACACAGUCCUGCUAAAUGGUCUUUGUCAGAUUGGUUGCUCUUCUGAAGCUCGAGACAUGAUGAAUAAGAGUGAGGAGGAAUGGUGGACCCCAAAUGCCAUAACAUAUAGUGUUGUGAUGCAUGGUUUCCAUAGAGAAGGAAAGUUGUUUGAGGCAUGUGAUGUGGUAAGGGAGAUGAUUAUGAUGGGUUUUCUUCCAUCCCCUGCUGAAAUCAAUGUGUUGCUUGUAUCUCUCUGCAGGGAAGGAAGAACCUGUGAGGCUAAAAGGUUCAUGCAAGAGUGUCUCAGCAAGGGCUGUGACAUUAAUGUUGUAAACUUUACUACUGUUAUUCAUGGACAUUUUCAGAAGGAUGACUUGGAGGGUGCUCUCUCUUUACUUGAUGACAUGUAUUUGGUCAACAAGAGCCCUGAUGUUGUGACAUAUACAAUAAUUGUUGAUGCAUUGGGCAGAAGGGGACAAAUUGAAGAGGCGACUGAUCUUGUAAAGAGAAUGCUGGGGAGGGGGAUUCUUCCGAACCCUGUUAUGUACAGGGCGAUUAUCCAUCGAUAUUGUGAGAAUGGGAGGGUGGAAGAUUUGAUGAAGCUAUUGGAGAAGUUGCUGCCCAAGCAGCCCUAUCAGACUGCGUACAAUCAAGUUAUAGAAAAGCUUUGUAACUUCGGAUACGUAAGUGAUGCUUACAACCUUUUGGGCAAAGUUUUGAGGUCAGCCUCAAGGAUCGAUGCACAUACGUGCCAUGUGCUCAUGCAAAGUUAUCUAAAUAUAGGAAGUCCUCUUUUGGCAUACAAAGUUGCUUGUAGAAUGUUUAGGCGGAAUUUAACUCCAGACCUGAAGUUAUGUAAGAAGGUGAGCAAAAAAUUAACAUUAGAUGGAAAUAUUAAAGAGGCAGAUAGUCUAAUUAUUCAGUUUGUUGAGCGUGGCCUUGUAUCACCUUGUUGAAUAACAUGCUGAAUGAGCAAGGACUUCUCUGUGUGUAAUGGAAGCUUGUGGGGCUUUGUUUCUUUGACCAGUUUUGCAUCAAGUUAUUCUGUGCUAAGUGAGAAGGGCUGUAUGAUUAAUAUAGGUCUGGUUCAAAAAAGUAACUCUAGAUUUAUAGCAGGGAGAUACAAACAAGUUAAUCGGAGUGGAAAUUUUGUAAAUAGGACGUGGAAAAAAGGGAUAAGGAAAGAAAGGAUGUAACGUAGACAACAAAGUAAAACUCCGUCAGAUCAUCCUUGGCCUUGUUAGCUUCCGUAACCUGCCCUCAAAACACGGUGAAAUGGAAGGCAAAAGGGCGAGGAGUUCUGCAGCGAGGGAUGUCGUUACCGCAAUACCUUUGGUAUUCUAAGCAGAAAGCAAAGAGUUCCUCCGCAAGAAUUGGCUCUUCUUUCUCUACACUAUCUGUCUGUUGGUGCGAUAAGUUGAGGAUGAAAGACAAGGUGCAAGGCGCAGUUAUUUGAGUUUAUUGGGUAAGCAAUAUCAGCAGGUAGAGGAAGCUUUUUGCUGGCUCGACCAGCCCUUGAACCUAGCCCUCGGUACUUUGGUACAUACCUGACUUUACUUUAUUCUCUUCAAUCGGAGAAGAAAGUCUUUUUCGUACACCCCAUUCCUGGCUUAGCAUCAUACUCUAUCUCUUUUGCGACGAGCAGGUAGCUGCAUUUCGUUCAAAAAUGCAGUUUUAUUCUUGAAUGUUGUGAACCUUUUGAUUGCUUUUCAAAGCUAGUUGGCUGCUUUUGGCUCAUUUUUAGAAACUACUUCAUUGUUUUGUGAAGGUGAAAAGAGGAUAUGUGAUACAUUUGGGAUGUAGUAGAAGCUUGCUAGUAAUGCUCCUGAAAGAAGUAUGAAUGCUUAUCAUGGUGAGAUUGGUGACUUUUCCAUGUGUAAUGAGUAAUGACUAAUGAGGCUUUAUGUAGUUGCUGCGAGUGUAAAACUCUGAGAGGUGGAGUGACGAGGUUAAGUCAAAAUUCAAGAUGAAGAAAGUGAUUUAAUUACCUGAUAUCAGUAUUCUGGUUUGUGGAAUGGAGCAUUUGUGAGGAGCAUGAGCUGAAAAGUGGAGUUGCAUGGAUGAUUUGUGUAAUAGAGAAAUGUAAGAUACAGCUAAAGAUCUGGAGUUCAUUUACAGUUUUGACAUAUCUGUUCUUUCAGCUGCACGUGUCCACUCACCAGUGAAGCUGUGUUCCAUGGACUGUAUGAAAAAUAGGAAACUAUGUGUUGAAAGGAUAGGUUAGUCUUCUUAAGGCUGCCCUUGUCACUUGUCAGUCAUAGGUUCAUUAAUAAGGUACUCCCACAAUUGUCUUCAAUACCAGCUGCAAUUUGUAGUCUACUCUCUAGAGUUGAAUUCCGAGUUUCUAGAAGGCCACUAGUGAAACGUGCCCAACUUCCCAAGUGAAGAAGUACAAAAGGAGAGAGAGAGUGGAAGUAAAAAAAAAGAAACUCACAAUAGAUCUUCCAUUCCUUCUUUCUGCUCAAUUUCGUAAAAAGUACAUCUGGCACCUGAAUUUAAUGGCAUUGAUAACACCUAAUAGGAUCCACUGGGAUGGAGUGUCUCGCACAAAUGUGUGAAAAGAGAAGACAAUGUUGAAGUAUUAAUUACUUUUUGUCUUGAUCACCAGUACUUCUAGAGGAUAUACAAGUUAUUAAACAAGGUACUGCUUGGCACCUGAGCAUCAUGUUGGUUAGGCGAUCUUGAUGUAAUCACUUUAUGAGAUAUAUAAAUCAUUGAGGCUGAAUUUCAGUAUUUACCUAUUUAAAAAUACAUGGUAAGAACCUCUUUCUGCAAUUUUAAAGUAUUAGAGUAUGCCAUGGUGCCUACGUUGCUUAAUUUCUUAGUAUCUUCUUUGGUGCACAACUAAGGAAUUUGGUGACCAUUAGAAAACGACUUCUGUUUAGAGGAGUAAGAGUAUCCCGAUGUAUUCUGUUUGUAUGAAAAUUUGAUUGGGACCUGCUUCUAGAAAUAGAGUACUUUUUCAACACAAUUGUCUCAACACUUUAGUUAAGCGUUAAAUACAAUUAACAUCUCACGUAUUUUCUCAACGCAUUUCUGUGUUGCAGUAGUUCUCAACACAAAAAAGCGUCAAGAAUUUCAUGUGCCAAACACAUGUCAACAAACCGCGCUACUUUCAAUUUUUUUAUGAAAGAUUAUGUUUCUUAAUUAACCGGUAUUAGGCGGUAACCACCUAAGUAGUGGGAUACUCGAGUGUGAGGGACGGAGUGUAUUGCAGCAUCAAUUUCUCAACCGUAAUCUGACGAGAGUUUUCAUCGUGCUCCAAUUUGCUAAAUACGGGUGAGAUAAUUCAAGGGUGACACAAAUUCUGAAAUACAAGCUGCUAAAUAUGGGUGAUGCAAACUCCAUACUCGGUUGAUUCUUCUGCAAAUUAUUCAAGGACCUUUGUCAUCUAUCAUCUGUGUUUUAAUGAAGAGCUGUAUGAAGUGCACCAAAUAAUGACUCAGAAAAAAGAUAUUAGAAGUCCUCGAUGUUGGCGAAAAGUUGGACCGAUUGUCGAAGCCUCGCUGCACAACUUCACUUAAUUGAGGAAAUUCUUCUAUAGCAAAUAACAAAGGAGCUGUGACGAUUCCCUGCGAAAAAAUAGCAAUAUGUAGCACUUUGAGAUUGACGAAAUAAAAGACAACAACAAUAUUCAUAUUACUCCUGCUGACACAGGGACUAUGAAGGUUCUGAAGCACUCCCACCCUCAAAGUCCAAGCCAAAGUUACUAAGAACAUUUGGCCUGUCUGGCCUACAGAAACUUUUGAUAUGUGUGAAAGCAAUUCUCUAGACAAGAACUUUAAGCAAACAUCUAUAAUGCUUUAUCAUAGAACGAGGUCAGCCAAGUGUCCAGUCGCUUAACAUCUGAAUCGCGGAUCUACGCUGAUAAGGCUAGAGACCUAAAUCGACAGCAAAAGGACACGAGUUGCUGCUGCUUCAGCAUCUUAUGAUGUUGCUUCAGAUUCCGCUGCACCAACUACUUCACGUUCUCUUGCCAUGAUUACUACAGAGGAUCAAGAUGAUGGUGAAGGAAAAGAAGUCAAGGAUUCAUUAAAUUAGUACAACUCGUAAAGCUAUUAAUGAUUUUAAAAGGCCUUGUAAAAGAUAUAUUUAUUUUGUUAUUUUUUUUUUUGUAAGGUUUUAAGAAGUUGAUAGUAGACAUUAUCUAAUUGACUUAUUUGUAAUCGAACAGAAUAUUUUAGUGUGUAUUUAAUCAUUAGUUAAUUAAGACAGAUAUUAAUAUUAUUAUAUAUAUUAUUGGUCAUUUCUACUUCA